AUGAACAAAAUGGAUCUCAUAAAUAUGAAAAAGUACAGACAACCGAUCGAAGAUUACUACCGUUACGAGCUGGGCAUUAACAACAUAAUCUGGACCGAUUGUAAGAGGCGACUAAGUCGCGCGUUAUCGAAUGUCCAAAAGACCAUACUUGAUCUGCUGGUCGGAGAACCUCGCUUCAAUCGUACAGUGAAAACCGAAUUCCAGAUUAUGGUGGUAGGAAUACCCAAUGUCGGCAAGUCCUCGUUGAUCAAUACAUGGCGUUCCCAUAAUAUGGGCACAAAGCAAAGCGCCGUAACGGAAGGCGCUCGACCUGGGUUACGGUACGCGUUCAAAAUCGGGUUCGUGUUCUGGACAAACCACCUGUUUACGUUCUUGACACUCCUGGUGUUCUUUCACCUUCGACCAGGAAUGUAG